AGAUAAAUGAGCUGGAUGCCGCUGGCCCCAUCCCGGAAGAGCUGCGGAACCUCACUCGCCUCACCAAACUGUGUAGCUGACAUUUACUUUUUAUGGGGCACAACUUUUUCCACUUCCAGUCAUUACAGGGACCUUAAGAAAAACAGCUUGACCGGCCCAUUGCCAGCAUUCCUUGGUGAACUGACUACUAUGCAGUACAUAACCGUGGGCACCAAUGCAUUAUCUGGACCUGUGCCAAAGGAGCUUGGGAAUCUUACAGAGCUCUUAUUACUUGCAUUGGGCUCAAAUCAUUUUAAUGGCUCACUUCCAGAUGAGUUAGGAAAAUUGACAAAACUUCAGCAGCUGUACAUUGAUAGUAAUGACUUCAGUGGUCCUCUACCAGCGACACUGUCCCAGCUUACGAACCUGUCAACUUUGUGGGCAUCAGACAAUAAUUUCACUGGGAAGAUACCUGAUUAUCUUGGGAGCUUCACCAACUUGAACCAACUGAGGAUCCAAGGGAACUCUUUUCAAGGACCGAUUCCCAUAAGUCUUUCUAAUCUUAUGAAGUUGACUAGCCUGAGAAUAGGCGACAUAGUAAAUGGAAGCUCUUCAAUGGCGUUUGUGAGAAACAUGACAUCUUUGAGUGAUCUGGUAUUGAGGAACAGCAAGAUAUAUGACACACUUUCAUCGGUAGAAUUCUCCCAAUUUGUAAAUCUAAAUUUAUUGGAUUUGAGUUUUAAUAAUAUCACGGGCCAAAUACCUCUAUCAAUCUUUAAUCUUCCUUCGCUUAUUUUUAUAUUUCUUGGGAACAAUAGCCUUUCAGGAAGUCUACCAGCUACGAAAAAUCAACUACUUACCAAUUUAGAUUUUUCAUACAACCAUCUCUCAGGAAGCUUUCCUUCGUGGGUUACCCAGAAAAACCUGCAAUUGAAUUUGGUGGCAAACAACUUUGUGAUGGAUAGCUCCAAUGACAGUGUUUUGCCAGGGCUGAAUUGUCUUCAGCGAGAUACCCCUUGUUUUCUCGGAUCUCCACAGUCUUCCUCCUUAGCGGUAGAUUGUGGAGGUAGUAGAACCAUAUCAGGCUCAGACAAUUCGAUGUAUCAGGCUGAUAAUGCAAAUCUUGGUGCCGCAUCUUAUUUUGUUGGGGGUGAACCUAUAUGGGGUAUUAGCAGCACUGGAAGAUUCAUGGACCCACCCAACGGAAGUUACAUAAUCUACAGUUCACGCCAAUUUCUGAACACACUAGAUUCUGGGUUGUUCCAAACCGCAAGAAUGUCACCAUCAUCUUUGAGAUACUAUGGCAUUGGACUCGAGAAUGGAAACUACACAGUGACACUUGAAUUUGCAGAAUUUGACUCCCCUGAUCCACAGGCUUGGAAAAGCAGAGGGAGGAGAGUUUUUGAUAUCUAUCUCCAGGGAGAGCGCAAGGAGCAGAACUUUGACAUAAAAAAGGCUGCAGGAGGGAAAUCCUAUGUUGCUGUGAAGAAGCAGUAUGUUGUUCCUGUGGUAAAAAACUUUCUUGAAAUUCAUCUUUUCUGGGCUGGCAAGGGUACUUGCUGCAUUCCUACCCAAGGUUACUAUGGGUCUGCAAUAGCGGCUUUAAGCGCAACUCCAAAUUUCACCCCUACCGUGCGUAAUUUUGCGGCAAAGAAGAAAGGCAGUAAAACAGGUGUGAUUGCGGGAGUAAUAGUUGGUGUGGCAGUUUUAGGACUGUUAGCAUUUGCUGGAAUCUUUGUUUGGAGGCAGAAAAAGAGAAAACUAACGUUGGAGCAAGAAGAGCUGUACAGUAUUGUGGGAAGACCUAAUGUCCUCAGCUAUGGAGAACUGAGGUCAGCUACUGAAAAUUUCAGUUCUAAUAAUCUUCUUGGUCAAGGAGGUUAUGGAUCGGUCUAUAAGGGAAAGUUAACUGAUGGGAGGUUUGUGGCAGUGAAGCAGCUGUCUGAAACAUCUCAUCAGGGGAAAAAGGAAUUUGCGACGGAAAUAGAAACCAUAUCUCGGGUCCAGCACCGUAAUCUCGUGAAGUUGUAUGGUUGCUGCCUUGAGGGCAAUAAGCCAUUGCUGGUCUAUGAGUACCUAGAGAAGGGAAGCCUAGACCAUGCUCUAUUUGGAAAAGGGAGGUCAAAUCUAGACUGGCCAACACGUUUUGACAUAUGCUUAGGCAUUGCAAGAGGUCUAGCUUAUCUUCAUGAAGAAUCUAGCAUCCGUGUUGUGCACAGGGACAUAAAGGCCAGCAAUGUCCUUCUUGAUGCCAAUCUCAACCCCAAGAUCUCAGAUUUCGGGCUCGCCAAACUUUAUGAUGAACAGGAGACACAUGUCAGCACGAAAGUUGCUGGUACAUUUGGUUAUCUUGCACCUGAGUAUGCCAUGAGAGGCCAUGUGACGGAGAAGGUUGAUGUGUUUGCAUUUGGCGUCGUUGUACUGGAGACUUUAGCUGGAAGACCAAACUAUUACACUACUGGGGACCAAAACAAGAUUUAUAUUUUUGAAUGGGUCUGGGAACUGUACGAGCACAACAACCCUCUGGACAUGUUAGACCCGAGGCUUGAAGAAUUCGACACCGAGGAGGUGCUCCGGGCCAUCAAGGUGGCGCUUGUGUGCACCCAGGGCUCGCCCCAUCAGCGGCCAUCCAUGUCGAGGGUGGUGGCCAUGCUGACUGGUGACGUCGAGGCGCCAGACAAUGUGGCCAAGCCCAGCUACAUCACGGAGUGGCAGAUCAAGGGCAGCGACACGAGCUUCAUGAGCUCAGAGGUCAGCGGGCAGUCGAGCUUGACUCCGAGGUCUGGCACAGCGCACUUGCCGUUCCUGGGCGAUGAAGGCCGUUGAUAUGGUUCUCACGGGUGAUCGCCCGGCUCAGGCCUCAUGGUGACUUCUUGUGCUACACACUUGUUGAGAACUAGAAGGAUAGACGCGCUUCUCCCCGCUGCAUAUCCCUCGUUGACGCACGGCCUUUGCCUACCGGAGUGUAUCAGCAGGCGUUGUCAUCAGUUGACAUUUUGCUGUGGUGAACAGAGAGCAUGGGCGCCUGCUCUACUGUUGUGUGAUGUCUUUAUCAGUUUAAUUUUUUCCGUGUCUCA